AUGGAGCGGGCGGAGGCGGGGGCGCCCGGCGGCUGCCCGGGGGCGCUGGAGCCUGACGAGCUCGACGACCUCCCUUGGUUUCAUGAUGAGCUGGAGCCAGCAGGAAGUUCUUCAUGUAGAGUCAUAGUACACGUGGAUCUGGAUUGCUUUUACGCACAAGUAGAAAUGAUCUCCAAUCCAGAACUAAAGGACAAACCUUUAGGGGUUCAGCAGAAAUAUUUGGUGGUUACCUGCAACUAUGAAGCUAGGAAACUUGGAGUUAAGAAACUUAUGAGUGUCAGAGAUGCAAAAGAAAAGUGUCCACAGCUAGUACUAGUUAAUGGAGAAGACCUGACUCGUUACAGAGAGAUGUCAUACAAGGUUACAGAGCUGUUGGAAGAAUUUAGUCCAGUUGUUGAGAGACUUGGGUUUGAUGAAAAUUUUGUGGAUCUAACAGAAAUGGUUGAGAAGAGACUAGAGCAGCUUCAAAGUGAUGAACUCUCAGCACUGACUGUGUCGGGUCAUGUGUACAAUAAUCAACCUGUAAACCCACGUGACACGUCGCACAUCAGACUCCUUGUUGGAUCUCAGAUUGCGGCCGAGAUGCGGGAAGCCAUAUAUCAUCAGCUGGGUCUCACUGGCUGUGCGGGGGUGGCAUCUAAUAAAUUAUUGGCAAAAUUAGUUUCUGGCGUCUUUAAACCAAAUCAACAAACGGUCUUACUACCUGAAAGUUCUCAAGAUCUCAUUCAUAGUUUGAACCACAUAAAGGAAAUGCCUGGUAUCGGCUAUAAAACGACCAAACAUCUGGAAGCACUGGGUAUCAGUAGUGUGCGUGAUCUUCAGACCUUUCCAUCCAAAAUAUUAGAAAAGGAAUUAGGAAUUUCAGUUGCUCAGCGUAUCCAGAAGCUCAGUUUUGGAGAGGAUGACUCUCCUGUGACUCCCUCAGGACCACCUCAGUCCUUUAGUGAGGAAGAUUCAUUUAAAAAAUGUUCAUCAGAAGUUGAAGUUAAAACUAAGAUUGAAGAACUACUUGCUAGUCUUUUGAACAGAGUCUGCCAAGAUGGAAGGAAGCCACAUACAAUCAGAUUAAUAAUCCGUCGGUAUUCAUCUGAGAAGCACUAUAACCGUGAGAGUCGUCAGUGCCCAAUUCCGUCCCACAUAAUUCAGAAGUUAGGGGCAGGAAAUUAUGAUGUGAUGACCCCAAUGGUUGAUACUCUUAUGAAACUUUUUCGAAAUAUGGUGAAUGUGAAGAUGCCAUUUCAUCUUACCCUAUUAAGUGUGUGCUUCUGCAACCUUAAAUCCCUAAAUACUGCUAAGAAAGGGACUAUUGAUUAUUAUUUAAAACCUUCAUUAUCAACAACUCCACACGCUGGAAAGCGCAGUUUUAAAAUGAAAGACUGUCAUAUGGAGGAUUUUUCUAAAGACAAGGAAUCAAAUCGGGAUUUUCUACCAACUGGAAGGAUUGAAAGUACAAGAACUGGGGAGUCUCCCCCAGAUCCCACAAACCCUUCUAAAGAAAAAGACAAGAAUGAACUUCCCCUCUCCUCGCUUCCUGAGGAUAUUGACCAAGAAGUCUUCAAGCAGCUUCCUGUAGAUAUUCAAGAAGAAAUCCUUUCUGGAAAAUCUCGAGAAAAAGUUCAAGGAAAAGGAAGUUUGAGUUGUCCAUUACAUGCUUCUCGAGGAGUAUUAUCUUUCUUUUCUAAGAAACAAAAGCAGGAUAGUUCCUUAAAUCCUAAAGAUCAUGUACCCAAAAGCACACAGGUCUCCUCUGUAUCUCCCUGUGAACCAGGAACAUCAGGCGGUAGCAGUUCCUCUUAUGUGUCUAGCCAAAAGGAUUAUUCACAUUAUUUAGACAGUAGCUUAAAAGAUGAACGAAUGAGUCAAGGACCUAAAGAAUCUCAAGGAUUCCACUUUUCAAAUACAAACCCUGCUGUAUCUGUUUUCCAUUCAUUUCCAAAUUUGCAGAGUGAGCAGCUUUUCUCCAAAAACCGUACCACAGACAGCCAUAAGCAACCAGUGCCAACAGUCUCUCAUCAUGAAGGACUUAAAGAAAAUAGACAGCAAGAGUCUUCUGAUGAGAAAAUUACUUUUCCUUCUGACAUUGAUCCUGAAGUUUUCUAUGAACUGCCGGAAGAGGUACAAAAAGAACUGUUGGCUGAUUGGAAGAGAACGGGAUCAGAUUUCCACACUGUACAUAAAUGA